ACGUCUAAAAUUUAUUCCAGGUAGUGCCGGGACGGACAUACUAUGUAUACAAUCCUGGAUAUCCUGGAAAUUAUCGACCUGGAGUUCAGUGCAGGACUAUAGCUACUUGCCCUAGAGGAUAUAAUUGCAGGAUAAACUGCCAAGUUGACAUACCAGAGACUUCUGGGUGUUACAUGGACCGUCUCCUGGUCUCCAGAACCGGGGAUCCUACUCUUGCAUCGGCUGAUCCCUACUGCGGCCGUGGACAAUUCAGUGCGGUCUCAGUCGCUCAGACGCUUACUAUAGGUCUGAUAUCAUCAAUAUACAGCAGAGGAGGUACCUAUUACUGCACGCUGGUUGCUCAAGCAGCUACACCAGGCCCCAGUCCUGUAUGUUCUUGUGGCGCGAGGAAAUCGACACGUAUAGUGGGUGGCCAAGAUGCUCUCCCCAAUGAAUUCCCCAGCAUGGUAGCGCUCGUUGAGAGAGGCAGCUCCAACGUUAUGUGUGGCGGAGUUAUUAUCUCCAACAGAUACGUGCUGUCUGCAGCCCACUGCAUCACCAAUAAGAAUCCCAGCAAUCUAGCAGUUAUUGUUGGCGAACAUGAUAUUUCUACUGGCACGGACACGCCAGGAACAAAAGCGUAUCUAGUGUCUAACAUACGAAUACAUCCUCAAUUUAGCGACGUUAACUACGACUAUGACGUUGCGAUUAUCACGGCAGCACAAAACAUCCAGUUCAACGAAUAUGCCAGUCCUGUGUGUCUGCCCUUCAAGUUUGCAAACUACGAUUUUGCUGGACAAAAACUUACGAUUAUUGGUUGGGGUACACUUUUUAUCGGCGGUCCAACUCCCAAUGUCCUGCAAAAGGUGGAUGUGGAUGUAAUAAAACAAGACGUCUGCAAAUGGGCGGUUCCCGGUCUUACCUCAAGACAGAUAUGCACUUACACACCUGGAAAGGAUGCUUGCCAGUUUGAUUCGGGCGGUCCACUGCUCUACACGGAUCCACAGACCGGUCUGCUCUUCCACGCUGGUAUUGUGAGUUCGGGAAGACUAUGCGCGUCAGCCAACGAGCCAGGAGUGAAUACGAGAGUCACAGAAGUACUUAACUGGAUUGUGCAAAACGCACCAGCUGAUUACUGUAGAAAAUAAAUGAUAUCUUUUGA